GCAGUGUCUAUCUGUACGUAUAGAGAGAUAGCAGUGACCAGUGUGCAGUUGCAACGGAUCGAUCGAUUCUCCGACACAUCAUUUUCUUAGGAUCGGUUGAGAAGAAGGCAUUGAAAAGAAAGAAGAAAAAGAUAGAGCCAUUAAAGGCUGUGCGUGCGUGUGCGCGUUACCUGAAACGAUUCUUCCUUUCCUCAUCAGUCGGCAGGAUAUCAUCUUCAUCCUCGGCGUCUAUAUAUCUUCGUCAACUCGUCUUCUUGUUCCUUCUUCUUCUUCGUAUCGCGGCCGCCAGAAGAGUAACCGACUGACGUUUGCUUGCUUGCUCGGCCGCCCGGAUUUAUCAGAGAGAUUGAUUGAUUGAUCGUGAUGGCGGUGACGGGCGGCGGGGUGGUGCCGGUGUUGGUGAUGGUGGCGCUGAACAUGGUGGCGGCGGUGAUGGUGACGCUGGUGAAGGUGGCCAUGGACGGCGGCAUGGACCCGCUCGUGCUCGUCACGCUCCAGCAGCUCACCGCCGCCCUCUUCCUCGGCCCCAUCGCAUACUUCAGAGAGAGCAAGUCGAGGCCCAAGAUGACGCUCGAGAUCUUCGCCUACCUCUUCGUCAGCGCCGCUCUCGGGGCUGCGUUGCGGCAGUACAUGAUCUUCAUCGCGCUGAGGUACACGACGGCGACCUUCGUGGCGGCCUUCUCCAACGUGGCGCCCGUGCUCACCUUCCUCCUCGCGGUCGCCACGCGCUCCGAGUCGCUCCGCCUCGCCACCACGCCGGGCGUCUCCAAGCUCAUCGGCACGCUCGUCUCCCUCGGCGGCGCCAUGGUGCUCACCUUCUACAAGGGCGUGCCCAUCACCCACAUCCAGUCCGCCGGCUUCCAUCCUUCUUCUUCUUCUUCUUCUUCUUCUCCGGCGCCGGCGCACGGGAACGCGCAGUGGACGCUGGGCACGGUGGCCAUCCUGGGCAACUGCGUGUGCCUCUCCUGCUGGUUCCUCGUCCACGGCCGGCUCAGCAAGAAGUACCCGCAUGUGUACUCCUGCAACGCCUUCGUGUCAGCGCUCAGCUUCCUCCAGGUCGCCGCCGUCGGCCUCGUCGCCCGCCGCAGCCUCGCCGCCUGGACCAUCACCAGCAAGUUCCAGAUCCUCACCGUCCUCUACGCCGGCGUGGUCGGCUGCGGCGUGUCGUUCGUGCUGCUGACAUGGUGCAUCGAGAAGCGGGGCCCGGUGUUCGUCGCCGCCUUCAUCCCCGUCGUGCAGAUCAUCGUCUCCAUCAUCGACUUCACCGUCCUCCAUGAACAGCUCUACCUCGGAAGUGUGCUGGGAUCAGUGUUUGUGAUUGGCGGGCUGUAUCUGCUGCUGUGGGGCAAGAGGCAGGAGGCCUUGAAACAACAGCAGCAGCAACAGGCUCCAAAAGCUGAUCAAGAUGACAAGGAGAAGCAGGAAUUGCAACUGCAGCAAGUGCAAGUGCAGCAGCCAUGACUCAAGACUGAAAGACAGAGACACAUGCAGCCCCCCAAUUGAUUGGGUGUUUAACAACGAAUGCAGCAAUAAGUUGUCUUGUCCAAAUCUUACUUGUUUCUCAUGUAAGAUCCAUUAUACCAUUCAUGGAGCUGUUUAGGUUCUAAUCCAAACGACAGUAGGUUAAAUGGAUAGAUGGUCUGAAUCAAAACCCGAUAGCGACAUCAGAGGCAAAGAUGUAAUACUGCCAUCACCAUGUAUGUUCUGCACUUUUUUUUUUUGGAGAAGUGCAUAUCUUUAACUGCAAUCAUGUAAGAGUUAUUAUACAUGACAAUUUUUGGAGUGAAACACUGUUGGUAAUCUCGAGAAGA